AUGGCAUCUCGUAGAUCUCUUUAUCAUGCUGUAUGCUUAGCAUCUUCUGCGAAAGAGGUCAUCAAGGGUAGCCUUUCGACUGGUUGUGAGUCGUUCAAUCUAUGGGUCGAAACAUCUACUUUAACCCGUCCUAUCCUGUCUCAGUACCAGUGGUUUUACGACCCUGAAUGGGAGAAGGCGAAGAAACUGUCGGAUGACUUGAGAGCCAAAGCAAAACCAAAAAGCCCCAAGGGUAAGCAAAGUCACAAGAAGAGUGUCAGACACUAUUCCACAUCUGUCAAACGCAAGCAAGACCUUCUACAUGACCAACAAAAUACGGAAAAACAGGAAAUGGAGAGUUCAGAAGUCCCCUCUUCUCGAAUUUCUAGGCUUUUUCAUUACGGCUCUUUGGCUGCCGGAGUUGGACUAUCUGCUGCUACAGAAGGUCUUGGACAAGUUGUCCGUGGUCAAAACCCGACGUUUAAGUCCUUAAUCCUUUCGGAUGCCAACAUAGAGAGAAUUACCAAGAAGUUUUCCAAGAUGAGAGGAGCCGCCUUGAAAAUCGGACAAAUGAUGUCUUUUCAAGACGAAAAUGUUCUACCAAAAGAGUUAUACGUUAUACUGUCGCGUGUCCAGAAUUGCGCAAACUACAUGCCACAAAGGCAACUCGAUAGGGUAAUGGCUAGGGAAUUGGGAAAUGAAUGGGAGACCAAGUUUGCAUAUUUUAACAAAAUUCCAUUAGCAGCGGCAUCCAUAGGACAGGUUCAUGAAGCGCAGUUGCAUUCUGGUGAAGAAGUUGUCGUCAAAGUUCAAUAUCCAGGUGUGAAGGAUUCAAUAGAUUCAGACCUGAAUAAUUUACUAAUGUUUCUAACUGCCUCUCGACUUCUGCCCCGCGGUCUAUUCCUAGACAAAACGGUUGCCAAUGCGAGAACAGAGUUAAAGUGGGAGUGUGAUUAUGUUAGAGAAGCUAAUGCUUUAAAAAAAUACGAAUCUCUGGUGAAAAAUGAUCCAGUUUUUACUGUUCCCCACGUCUUUUCAGAUCUCUCCACCGAUAAUAUAAUCACUAUGACAAAAAUGCAAGGUAUUGAGAUCACGAAAUUGCCUAAAAAUACACCACAAUCUACUCGUGAUUUCAUCUGCGAAAAUAUAAUGAGAUUAUGCCUCCAGGAAAUAGCUGAGUUCAGAUAUAUGCAAACUGAUCCCAAUUGGGCAAAUUUUUUAUUUAAUGCAUCUUCAAAACAAAUCGAGCUACUUGACUUUGGAGCCUCGAGAUCGUACCCCGAAGACUUUAUUCUCAAAUACCGCAAAAUGCUAACACUGGGCACAAAACACGAUCGCGAAGGAAUCGCUCUCAUUUCUAAAGAUCUAGGAUAUCUAACAGGUCUUGAAUCUAAGGCAAUGAUAGAUGCACACGUUGAUUCAGUAAUGGCUCUUGCUGAACCCUUUACCGGUUCUGAAGAGAGCAUUUUCGAUUUUUCCGAACAAACAGUAACUGAUAGGAUAAGGGGAAACAUUGGCUUAAUGUUGAAAGAGAGACUUUGUCCACCACCGGAGGAAACAUAUUCCUUACAUAGAAAAUUCAGCGGAGUCUUUCUACUUUGUGCAAGAAUGAAAUCAAAGGUACAUUUGGCAAAAUUAUUUAAAGAACAUUUUGCAUUGGACCUCAAUAAUUAA